AUGCCUGAACUUUUCAAUAUAGUUAUUUUACAUGAUCAAAAUCUUGAUGUUCGUCUGUGUAAACGCUUUGCUUGGGAUGAAAUUUCCGGACGAAUUACAAGCAUCGAAUUUGCCGAUAAUAAAGAUUAUAAUAAAAUUUUUGCCAAUACAUUAACGGAACAUGUCCUCAUACCAGCCUUUGUAAAUGGUCAUACACAUAUAGGAGAUUCUUGCUUACCGGAUGGUGCUACUGGAUUAACACUUGAACAGGGUUUCUUCCGACCGCAUGGUUUCAAGUAUGUUGAAUUAGCAAAACAAUCCAAACAACAACUAAUCGAUUCUAUGUGUGAUAUAAUGAAAUAUAUGCUCUCUACAGGAACUAUCAUGCAUUGGGAUUUUCGUGAACAAGGUAUUGAUGGACUUCAUUUAAUUCGACAAGCAGAGAAGCAAGCAAUAGGCAUCAAAUCAAUUGUACUAUCUCAAUUUGAUCAAAGUCCAUUUGUUGAUUUGACGGAUAGUUCUCAAGCAUUACCUGAAAAAUCGAAAUCUGAAUUGGAAACUCUUUGGAAUUUAAAAGAUAAUGAAGCAGCUGCUGAUGGAUUUUCCGAAAGUACAAUGAACGACUUAACUGAUCGUGCAUGGAUAACAAUACGUGAAAUGUCGAAACAAUACAAUAAUAAACUUCGAGCGAUACAUUGUCUGGAAAGUGAUAGCUAUAGAAGUGUGAGUUUGGCUAGAACGGGUGGACGCCAAAGUGAUCUUCAACGAGCAUUUGAACUUUAUGAUCCGGACAUUGUGGUACAUUUAACUGAAGCAACACAGGAAGAUAUUGAUGUGAUUAUCCAACAACAACGAUCUGAUGAUUGUCUUCGACAUCGCAUAUUCGUCGUAUGUCCUCGAGCAAAUGCUACACUUGGCCUCAAAUUACCUCCUAUUCAUGCUCUACUGACCAAAGGUAUCAAUCUAAUGCUUGGAACUGAUAAUGUCAUGCUUAAUCAGCCGAACAUGCUCGCUGAAAUGGAUUUUGCUUAUCGAUUAUGUAAGAGUCAAAGUGGUGAUAACACACAUGAUCCGAAGGCAAUUCUUUGUAUGGCCACAACAAUCAACAGCUAUCCGACAAUCUACGGAAAAAAUGAGAAAGGUGGCAUCUAUGAAAACGGUCCAGCUGAUUUUGUCUUACUCGAUUUCAGUGCCAAACAUCUUGCUCGAACGAGAAAUCUUAUGGCAACGAUUGUGACACGUUUAGAUCCACGAUACAUUCUUGCUACAGUACAUAAAGGACAAACUAUGUUCGGAAUGUUGCCAUAA